UCUUACAUCUGUAGUACUAAUCAGUAGUUAUUUAGUGACCUUGUAUGUAUGGAUUACUACACUACAGUAUAAUACUUUUCGGUGGGUGGUCAUCACUGUGUCUGUAUAGAUAAACAUGGCGUAGUACUUACGUACAACGGUAUAAACUGUUUACCUUCUAUCUCACCAGGGUCUCUCGAACUGCACAGUGAAGGCAUGUGCUGGGAUUCCGAUCCAAAAGUGUCCUGUGGAUGUAAAAGGGCUGGCGGGGCAGCCUGUGCUGUGCUGCAGACAGGACACGGCAUGCAGACCUUGCCUACACAUUCGCCUUGACAUCCAGCCCAGAAACGACCAGACAGCAUCGUAUGUGAGUGUGUGUUACACUGUGCCACAGCUAAUAAUGCCUCUGUGCAAAAAGCUCGAGUUCACAGUGAUCCCUGCUGCUCCGGAUGAGCAGGCUUCAUCAAAGCAGGCCUGGCUGUCACUGCUGCUUGAGUCUAAUGCCCUGUCCUUCAGCAGUCAGGUGACUGUGUAUGCUUGCAACCUUCACUCGACUGUGAUGCUUCCGUCAGUGGAUGAAGUGUGUUCAUCCGCCUCACAGGGAGUUGUAGAGGAAUGUGAAGUCCCCAGUUUCAGCACUCUAAUUGAUCCGGAGAGACGUGAGGUGAUGCUGCAAGUCGCAAAGGAAGAGGACAGCCCCUACCAACUAGAAAUGUGCCUACAACAUGAACAUAAUGGAAUGUGCAGGACCUGGAAAGAGAAGUCCCUUCCACUGCACUCUGUCACCCCCUGCAUGUGCUUCCAGUUGUGGUGGGAUAAAGGAGACGAGAGGUCUCGUCGAUCUAGGCACUGUCCUUUUAGGAACAACACCGAGCUGUUCCAGAGGAACCUAUGGGAGAAUGUGUCCGUAUCUGUGGUGCGAGGCCAGAUGAACAGUGGCGGUGCAAUGCUGUCCUGGAACCUGACUGCCCCCUGUAGGGUGGAGGCUGAAGUGUGGCCCUGCCAGAGAGAUGCAGGCGUGGACAAGGAUAGAUGCAGAGAGCUGGGGGACAUUAGGCAGCGUCUGUCAAAUGACAUAUGGAGGGAACUUGACAGGGGACACUGGGUGUGUAUACUGGAGCAUUUGAUCGGUGCCUCACAUUUUUUAUUGCUGACGCCAGGUGUGUUUGAGGAUGUCAAACCUGGCCUUGAUCUCUGUGUGAUGGUGAAGGUCAAAGGGAAGAACAGUGAGCUUGGCCCCUUCUGUCCCAUUGACUCCAGAUGGUGGCACUGGCGCUGGAGUCUGCUUGUCCUGGUCACCCUGAUGCUCGUCGGCCUAGCAGGAAUUUGUCUCUAUUUCCUGCAUGGCAAACUGAAACGGUGGGCAUGGGAAUGGCACCAGAAGGAGUGUGAUCAACUACCCAUAAGGGGCCACGUGGUGCUGCUGAGCCCGCCGGAUGUGGAUAACUCUGUGUCAGAGCUGGUAUGUGAGCUUGGCUCCUCUCUGCGUGCCAGGGGCCUCAGUGUGUCCGUGGACCUGUGGAGUCGGGCUGAGUUGUGCUCUCUGGGGCCCCUGCCCUGGCUGCACUCCCAGCUGCAGCCUAUGGACAGCCAGGGGGGCCGGGCCUUACUGGUACUGACGCAGGCAGCCUGGAAGAAGGCAGAGGACUGGGGCCAACAGUGGGACGAGCAUGGCCAACAGCGAAGGGACAUAGCCCAGGGAGUGGAGGAGGAGGGGGAGUAUAAGAGGCUUCUCCAGGGCUUGUCCUCCCCAUACGCGGACGUGUUCAGUGCCGCUCUGAGCUGCAUCAAGGUGGACCAGCAGCAAGGGCGCGCUGGAAAGCGCUUCCUCCUGGUCCACUUUGAGGCCCAUUCUGCCAAGCCCCUCAGCAGUGAAAGGGGUCUCCCAGAGCUGUUCCAAGGGCUGCCCUUGUUUCACCUGCCCUCCCAGGGACAGGAGCUCCUUGUUCAGCUGGCCAUAGGGUCUAAAGGGCCCAGGGCUGGUAUAGGUGGAUAGAGGGGCUGAAGGACGCUCUAUUUACGGACUGUCUAAGGGGACUCAGGGUUUGAGGAGAGACAGUGGGAUACCUGAUGAAGGGGUUUCCCCAUAAGUAUGUUGUCAUUGGAGUGGAGAACAGCUGGGAGACUGUGCCCUUACAGCAGAGCAGUCACCCUGAGGCCUAAUUCCUCCCAACCAUCCAAGCCUGCUCACAUCAUCACCCCAACACCCCCAGCCACUCACUUUACAUUAGCACUGCAAUACACUGGACGCAACUUGUUGGAUGCAGAACCCUUGGAUUAUACUGUAUGUGGUGAUGUUAUUAAGAGGGCUAGAGUUAUUGAGAGUGUAUGAAACAACAACACAGCUGUCACCUUCUGUACACCUUGAGGAUGGACUUCUAUGUGUGACACUAUUAUAUAAGUUAGAGGAGACCUGGGAACAAAGUAACAGUUUAAGCUUUUGUUUAGUAUGAAAAUAAUAUUUGAUGUAGAUUCAUUAUCUUUUUAUACAAACACACAUAUCUUAGCUACCAUUAUACACUGUAAUGAAGUUUACAAUCUGUAGAAAUUAUGAGAAUAGAAAGGUCAUCACACAGAACAGUAUAUGGCAACUAGAAAUCAAAACUGGAUGGUCUUCAGAGAUAGAUGGGAGGGGUUGAGGGUAGCUGAAGGAUGGGACAAAAAAAACAAACAAAAUAUAACUAAUGUAAAGUAU